UUGGCAGACUUUCAUCAGUUAAUGUAAUGGAAACAAUAUCGCCACUCUUGCAUACAGCUGCGACGCAUCAACGGAAACAAAUCACGGACCUCCGGGGCUGGUCCAGUUUAGCCCACGCGAUUUAAAGGGACGAUUUAUGCAGGGAUGCUCUAAGAGCGAGUUUUCCUGUUAUGUCGUGCGCUAUGUCAAAGACACAAACUUGGAUACACACCGAGAUCGCAGUAGAGCCACGGAAAGAGCCAUGGAAAAAGUUGGUGGAAAAUCCAGGGUUUAAGCCCCAACAGUGACUCCUUGCUGCUGCGAAAAUCCAGCACCAGCUCCAGCAUCGACUGAGUUUCUGUGCAGCCUCGUUUGAUUCCGUAGGAAAGGCUGCAACAACCACAACACUCACUCGUAUUCAGAACACUAAGGACAGCGGCAGUCGACUUGGAAGACACAUGUGGAGCCAACGAAAUGGAUACCUGUGCUUGCAGCUGGCUUCCCCGGGGUUAGAAAUGUGGAGGGCAAAACGACCCUUAUGAGGAAUAGCCUGAACAGCAGUAGCUAUCUCACAAUGGCACAAACCAGUUUGCUGCAGGGGAAGCGCUUUUACUGCAGGGAGUGGGUCUUCCACAAGAUCCAGCAUUGCCUCCAGGAAAAGACUAACGGCCUCGGUAAUGUGACCAGCACUCCCAGCAAGCAGGCUGUCCCCCCGCCGGUGGCCCCCCCAACCCAAGCGGCACCAUCAGCGGCGCUGCAGCUGGCUCGGGAAGGGGGCGUCCUGGGGUACUGCUGGUGGGGGCCGGGCAGCGGCAAGACGGCCCUGUGCACGGAGCUGCUGUGGCCCAGCUCCGCCCAGGGCCUCCACCGGGGGCUCCACCAGGCAGAGGGCCUGGCCUACCCACUCUCUGCCGGACUAGGCGGGACGGACUCGGACACCCUGUGCGUCAGCGGCUUCAUCCGACGGCCGUGGUGGCCCAGAUCCUGCCCGGCGGGGCCUGGCCCGGGCUACGAGGAGAAGGUGCGCGACCCAGCAGUGCAGAGCGCCCUGCAGCCGGGGGAGUGCGAGCGCAACCCCACUGAGGCGUUCAAGAGGUGUGUGCUCCUGCCCUUGCUGAGUGCCAAGCCUCCUCCGCAGGCUCUCUUCCUGCUGGUGGACUCCAUCGACGAGGGCGCCAGCUGGGGGGAGGGCGAGCAGCGGUCCCCCUCGGGGAGUCCCAGGACCAUCGCCGAGCUCCUGGCCAGCCACCACGAGUUCCUGCCGCCCUGGCUGCUCCUCGUCUGCUCCGCCCGACGCCAGAACAAGGCCAUCACCAAACUCUUCACAGGUACAGUGUGUCCGAACCAUCAGAGUCGGACACACCUGCGGCCGAAGUGCCUGCGUCUCUCGCAGAGCAUAGCCCUGAGACGCCCGUUGAAACCGGGUUACGGGCGGAUGGUGCGGGGGUGGAGGAGGCUAACCGGUCAAAGCCUGUGUAUAAACCUGAGUCAGCCGAGGCCGUACCUGGACCUUUUUCAGGUGGUUCAGACACAGGUCUGA